AUCCACUGUUCGUUAAAAAUGCAGAGAGAGCGAGCCCCAAACGAGGCCCAAAGCCGAAGGGGACACAAAAACAAAGCGCACUCGUGUGACUCGUCACCGUUCGCAUCCUUUCCUUUCGCUCCUGGGCACGCCGGUGACGGAAUUUAAAAACACCCGCCUGUUAUUUUAGACGUAUCUCCAUCCUCCUGCGCCAAAUUCUGGGUUUUGAUUCGAUUCUGCGUGUUUCGGGCUCCAAUUCUCCUACUUGGGCGCUCUAUCAGGCUUUAGGUGAAAAUUGAUGACCCCUUUCUGUGAUUUUGGUAUCAAUAACAAGCAAAAGGGCUAUUGAUGGAGGCACGCCCUGCUUUGUCCAUUCAGAGAUCAGCUGCAAAACAGUUUACUCACCUGGGGGUCUCUGCAGCAAUGUCUUCAUCUUUACCAGUCCUUCCAACCUCUAUGGAAGAGACAUAUCCCAAGUUGCCUGACUCCCAACAGGUGUCCAUGGAAAGAGAACUUAUGACAAGGCCUGUUGUGCAUGCAGGUCACUUAACCUCCAACAGUGGAGUAGUUGGUCACAUAUUUUCAUCAUCAUCAGGAUUCUCAACAGAUCUUCACUACUCAGCUCUUUCACCUCAUGAAAAACAGCCAAAAAACAAUCCUUUCAUUUCUCAGUCAUUGAGUUCUGGGUCUUUGCCAUUACCCCAUUCUUCUCAUUCAGGGUUUCUUCAAUCUACAUCGUCUUGUCCUUAUUCCAAAGAAAACAGUGGUUCCUGGUGUACAGAUUCACUGCCAGGUUUCCUUGAUUUUCCUGUAAAUAACCAUAUCGAGAAUAGUCAAGUAGAGAGCAGUAGUUGCAGCGGGAUUAUGCCUGCUGAAGAAUUUGUUAAGCGAAAUGAUUGGCAGGAAUGGGCAGACCAGCUAAUUACUGAUGAUGAUGCGUUGACUUCUAACUGGAAUGAGCUUCUUGUUGACAACAAUGUUACAGAUCUGGAACCAAAGAUAAAAUAUCAGGUUCCCAAACCAUCUUCGAAUUUUUCAGCUCAGCAGCCCCAAGUUCAUCAGCAACAACCUGCUCCAUCUGGGGAAAUCAUUCCUGCUCCUUCUAGAGAACUCAUUCCAGCUCCAUCUAGGGAAAUCAUUUCUGUUACUGCUCCAUCCUCAGCUAAUAGUGCCCCCGCCAAGGCGCGCAUGCGUUGGACACCAGAACUCCAUGAGGCCUUUGUGGAGGCUGUGAACCAACUUGGCGGUAGUGAAAGAGCAACUCCUAAGGGUGUGCUAAAGCUCAUGAAAGUUGAAAGCUUGACUAUCUAUCAUGUGAAAAGUCAUUUGCAGAAAUACAGGACUGCUAGGUACAGACCAGAGUCAUCUGAAGGGUCCUCGGAGAAGAAAUUAACUCCCAUUGAAGAAAUGACUUCUCUUGACUUGAAAACGGGUAUCGAGAUCACUGAAGCUCUGCGGCUGCAGAUGGAAGUUCAGAAACGGCUGCAUGAACAGCUUGAGAUUCAAAGAAAUCUACAAUUACGGAUAGAAGAACAAGGCAAGUAUCUUCAAAUGAUGUUUGAGAAGCAGUGCAAGACGGGUAUCGACACGCUGAAGGCUUCAUCAUCGAAUUUGGAUGACCCCGCUGACCCUUUAGAUGCAAUGCAAGCUUGUCCUGACAAAAGUGAACUGGAGCCCUCCAAGGUGGACCUUGGUAAGACUGAAACUGAUCCAGUUAAAGCCAACACCAAAUCUGAAGAAGGCUCACUGGAGCUAUCAGGGAAGCAGCCUGAAAAGGAAGCUCCUGAGGAUCCUGAGCUAGAUGUUUCUGUGUCCAGCUCCCAACCUCCAAAGCGUGCCAAAAUAAAAGAAUAAGCUUGUCAUCUAUUAUAUCAGUAUUAGACUGACCAAUCGUUCCUGAUUUAUAGAAGGUCCCCAUUUUAAGAUGGGCUCCGGUGCCUAUGGAAAGAGCUUUUUUUUUGACUUAAUAUUCAUCGUAUUCUCGUGGGCAUGAAUAAUGCGUAUGUGAUUUUUUCUGCCUAGUUGAUAGUUUUAAGCUAAUUAGUCAAGUUUUGAUCUUAACAUUCCUGAACCUCGUCUCUGUUCUCAACUUUGAUGCUGUUAACAAUAAUAAUGUUCAUUGGAAUCA